AUGACAACACCGAAGCCUCAUAUAGCCCGCGAGCUUCUCGCGCGCGCCCACUCGCCAGACACAGCCGAACAGCUCUUCACCGAGCGCAUUAAACAGAAACCUCUCUACCUCCGACCUACCUCUCCCACACCCGCCGACAACCGCGAAAGGCGUCGCCUGCACCGCCUCCGCAAGAAGGAGUAUUUUCUCCGCAAGCAGAAACCCAAGCCGCUGUCUGCGCGCGAAAAGCGCGUCUCGGGUAUCUACGACCUCCCAAAAGAGGAAUGCAAAUAUGCCAUCUUCAAGGAACUCCACAAAUUAUGGGUGAGCUAUAUGCAGGAGAUUCUGGAUCUGGGAGCUCGGCAGGUGCCGGUUAUUACGCCGCAGUCGCAUGGGAGUAAACUGGUCAGUGCAGAUUUCCACGGGGCGGAGGUUGAGGUUGUUCGGAGUCGGUGCGCGGGAAGAGUUGGUAUGAAGGGGAUUGUAGUGAGGGAUACCAAGUUUACCUUCAUGAUUGUGACGGAGAAGGAUGAGAUGAAAACUAUUCCGAAAGAACAAACCAUCUUUCGAUUUUUCGUUCCAUUGCCGAUACGCGAGGAUGGAGACACCGCUAUGACUGAUGAUGAUACUGCCAGUAAGAAACUCACGUUUGAGCUUCACGGCAGCCAGUUCGAGAAUCGCCCCGUCGAUAGAGCCAACAAGAAGUUCAAAUGGCGCAACGUGGAUUACAUCUAG